CCGGUCGAAUCGGUGGCCACAGAAAGUGAAUGAUUAUAGUCUUCGUAUAUUCGUUCGUAUUCGUUUUCGCUCUCCUCUCGGAAUGAUCUCGGACCAUCUAAUGUGGGUUGUAAUGGAACAACAACGGUUGAAAAAAAAUAUAAGUAUCGAUUACCGGCUCGGCUCUAGAGGCAGUCGUCGCUUUAAUCGCUCAGGGAGUAGACGUACUUUCCGCUUUGGCAUUUAUUCCACGUGUAUCAUCCUGUGGAGUUUUUAAUUUGUACUGAAAAAGGACGUCCUUGGCUGCAAAGUGAUUCUAUAAACAGGAAAAAAGCUAUCUACAAUCUACAAUGUUUAGCGAAAAGAUCACCAACGGAGUCGAAAGAGCCGAGGACGGUUUCCGUGCGCAGCCGAAGGGUUUUGCUACCAAGGCGAUACACGUGGGCCAAGAUGCGGAACAGUGGAAGAGCCGAGCCGUUGUGCCACCGAUCAGUAUGAGCACAACGUUCAAACAAUUUGGACCGGCUCAACAUGCGGGAUACGAAUACGGUCGCAGUGGUAAUCCAACGCGUGAUGUGCUGGAGAGAUGCCUUGCUUCCCUCGAUAAUGGCAAAUAUGGGCUGACGUUCUCUUCGGGUUUGGGAGUAACGACUACCGUGAUCACGAUGCUCAGCGCUGGAGAUCACAUCGUAGCCGGAGACGAUCUGUACGGUGGCACCAAUCGACUUCUGCGGAAGGUGGCCAUGAAAAUGAACAUCGAAGUUGAUUUCGUUGACUGCACGGAUCUGGCCAAGGUUGAGGCCGCGGUGAAGCCAAACACGAAGCUUUUCUGGAUAGAAACCCCAACCAAUCCCCUGCUGAAAGUGAUCGAUAUCGAAGCGGUCAGCGAAGUGGCGCAUAAAUUCCCAGGAGUUGUGGUUGUGGUAGAUAACACAUUCUUGUCUGCAUAUCUGCAGAGGCCACUGGAUUUGGGUGCCGAUAUUGUUAUGUACUCUUUGACCAAGUACAUGAACGGUCAUUCCGAUGUCAUUAUGGGAGCUGCUAUCAUGAAUGAUGAUGCCCUAUAUGAGCAGCUCAAAUUUCUUCAGAAUGCUGCCGGUAUCGUCCCAUCCCCAUUCGAUUGCUAUCUGGUAAACCGAAGCCUGAAGACGCUAGCCCUUCGCAUGGAACGGCACAAGUCUAACUCCCUGGCCAUUGCAAAGUUCCUGGAAAAGCACCCGAAAGUGGAACGCGUCUUGCACCCCGGUUUGCCGUCUCACCCUCAGCACGAACUGGCCAAGAAACAAACCUACGGCCACAGUGGCAUUAUGUCUUUCUACAUCAAGGGGGGCAUGGAGGAAUCUACGAAGUUCCUGCAGUCAUUGGAGGUGUUCACGUUGGCGGAAAGUCUCGGCGGAUACGAGAGUCUCGCCGAAGUGCCGUCAGUCAUGACACAUGCCUCCGUGCCGCCAGAGCACCGGGCACUUUUGGGCAUCACAGACAAUUUAAUUAGAAUUUCAGUCGGGCUGGAAGACGCAGACGAUUUAAUCGUGGAUCUGAAACAAGCUCUUGAAAAGGCAUAAGUGUUGGAAAAAUUGAUGUUGAUUUUAAAAUAUAACGAAAUUGUUCAAAAACCUGCUGGGUUUAAAAAGUUUUAA